UGUACGUGCGUGUAUACAUAUGCAUAUGAAUAAUAUUGUUCUCGGCUAUUGAGUCUCUGUAUGUGUGUGUGAGAGUGAGUGUGUGCUUGUUCAUGUGCCAAACAAAAAAGGGCGUCACAAAAAGAAUUGAAUGCACCCAAAGCCAAAUCAACACUAAAAUCGAGACCCCAUACGGACCCUAAGGCCAUAGAAGGCAGCUGGAGGAGAUCUUUGCUAAGCAACAUGCAAAUAUGGAUUCGGUGCCACCAGUGAGUCGGGACCAUUUGAUACUGCAGCCGUUGCAACCGUUGCGCUCGUCUCGCGGUUCCAGUUCCAAUUUGCGGGCCAGUCGUUCGCCCUCCGCCACCAGAAGCAGCGAGCAAAUGUCCAGGGAGCGCACCAGCGACUCAGCGACAGCAACGUCGGGUGGAACAACAGUAAUCACAACCACGGUUGCAAUUGCAACCGUAACAACGACGACGACAUCAGCAGCAGGAGGAGGGGGAGGAGCGUUGGGUACGCCGGCAACGUCGACGGCAGCCAACAGCAAUUCGUCGGCCUCGUCCAGCACAGUGGCAGCUGCACAGGCGGCUGUCUAUAGCGGCGGCAACACGGUGACCGGCAGCCUGAGUAGCAGCGGGGGCGUGGCAGUGCGCGGUUUUCGCAGCCACAGCCCCACGCACCGGCGACGAAGCCGUGAGCGCCAACGACGCACACAUGGUUCUGAUCAGGGCGGUCUUCUGGCCUACAGCGGAAUAGUGGGCACCGGCAUUGGAGGCGAUAUGACAGACUUUGGCGUCGGCCUGGGCCUCGGCGGCGGCGGUGGUGGUGGCAGCGCCGGCACCGGCAGCGGUCUAGAGGACUCACGCUUGUCCGGCAAUGAGGAUUACUAUGCGUCAAUGGCAUCCGACGAAUUUGAUGGCAGCAAGAAGCUCCACCAUCGACGCACCCAUGAGCGUAGUUCUAGUGUGCAGGCCAUCGAUCGGCUCAAUACAAAAAUACAGUGCACCAAGGAAUCCAUCAGGCAGGAGCAAACAGCCCGGGAUGAUAAUGUGAACGAGUAUCUGAAGCUCGCAGCCAGCGCCGAUAAACAGCAGCUGCAACGCAUCAAGGCAGUGUUCGAGAAGAAGAAUCAGAAGAGCGCUCACAGCAUAUCGCAGCUGCAAAAGAAACUGGACAAUUAUACCAAACGAGCCAAGGAUCUACAGAAUCAUCAAUAUCAAACAAAGAGCCAACAUCGACAGCCGCGCGAGGUGCUGCGCGACGUUGGCCAAGGACUACGCAAUGUGGGCGGCAACAUACGUGACGGCAUUACGGGCUUCUCCGGAUCGGUGAUGUCGAAGCCGCGAGAAUUUGCGCAUCUCAUCAAGAACAAAUUCGGCAGUGCAGACAACAUAAAUCAGAUUGCCGACGCCGAGCUGCAAGCCAUUCAGGCAGCAAAUCCGGAUGCCUUGACCGUGGCCAAUGAGCGAUUGCUGCAUCAGCCCGGCGCUGGCACCUCUACGGGCUCUGGCUGUGGCAACAACAUGAACAACAACAACACUGGCAGCGGCACGGGCAAAUUCAACAGCGACAACGGCAGUGAGUGCAGCAGCGUCACCAGCGAAAGCAUACCAGCGGGAUCUGGCAAGAGUCAGUCAGGCGCCAGCCAGUACCACAUUGUGCUCAAGUCGCUUCUUACUGAACUGUCUGAACGGAAAGCCGAGACGGAGAAACUUAAGGAGCGAAUCGAACGUCUUGAGACAAGCCAAAAGGAGUUUAACAAUUUGACAGCCACUCUGGAAGGUGAACGCUUUCGUGCCGAGGGAUUGGAGGAGCAAAUCAAUGACUUGACGGAAUUGCAUCAGAAUGAAAUCGAGAAUCUGAAACAAACAAUUGCUGACAUGGAGGAGAAAGUACAAUACCAAAGCGAUGAAAGACUACGUGAUGUCAAUGAAGUGCUCGAAAAUUGUCAAACAAGGAUAUCGAAAAUGGAGCACAUGUCUCAGCAGCAAUAUGUCACCGUCGAGGGCAUCGACAAUUCGAAUGCUCGCGCCCUGGUUGUGAAACUCAUCAAUGUGGUAUUAACGAUAUUGCAAGUGGUGCUGCUGUUGGUGGCCACCGCAGCUGGCAUCAUAAUGCCCUUUCUCAAAACGAGGCUUCGCGUGCUGACCACAUUUUUAACGAUUUGCUUUAUAAUCUUUGUGAUACGUCAAUGGCCGGAUGUGCAGGAUAUAGGUGCGGGCCUUGUGCGGUAUCUCAAGCAGUCGCUGGUGGUAAAGUGAGACGGCGACGACUCCAUGUUCGACUAGUAGUUUCUUAAUGUUAAUAGUAUUAGGUUAAAAAGUACAUAUUUUGUAUAUAACUUAUAAAUACACAAAACGUAAUAGUUUAAAAUUUAAUUAGUGUCAAGACAAAACACGCAUCACAUAAACGAAUCACCAAUACAUAUUCAUAUAUAUAUCUAUAUAUAGACUUAUAAAUAUAUAUAUGUAUACGCAUACAUAAAUACAUACGACUUGUACAAACAAAGUGGAAAACUAUAUCGCACACAUCUACACAUUCAUACACAUAAAUGUAUACACUUAGCGAAAUUCGAUUUAUAAACUCUGCUUACGGCUUAGUCCAACAACUGCAAUGCUGACAAGUUUCUACGCAUUACUCAAUACUAUAAAUAAAUAUGUAUAUCUAAAUACUAUAUAUAUGAGCUCUGUUUAUAGUUAUCGUAUACAUUAAAAACCAUUUGUAUUUGUACAAAACAA